UCCGGCUUCCAGGGAGACCCCGCCUCCUCAGGCUUCUCCUGGCCCUAAACGGCGUUCUGUCCGCUUCGGGAAGGAAAGCGCACUGUUCACCUAGAAAAGGAGCCUGCUGGGCUGACUAAGGGAUUAAUGUACCUCUCCCAGUCUUCGCUUCCGUGUCAGGUCCCAGUAUGCCCAAGGUUGACCCCCUGGCGACAGGCUGGUCGCAAAUUCUAACCCCACCAGUUUUAUUCAGGCCCCACCCCCGAGUUGUGCGUGUUUAUGUGUGUUCCUUUAACCUGCUGACAUGAGUUCUUGGGAAUCAAGAAUCCAUCCUCGAACUUGCGCAGCCUGUGUCAUCUUCGGACGUCCGAUCCACGGUUUAGGAAAACGAGUGCCAGCUAUUCAGCAGAAAAGAACGGUGGCAUUUCUAAACCAGUUUGUGGUGCACACUGUACAGUUCCUCAACCGUUUCUCUACAGUUUGUGAGGAGAAACUGGCAGACCUUUCUCUUCGUAUCCAGCAAAUUGAAACAACUCUUAAUAUUUUAGAUGCAAAGUUGUCAUCUAUCCCAGGCCUAGAUAAUGUUACAUUGGAAGUAUCUCCUUUAAGUGUGACUAGUGUCACAAAUGGAUCAUAUUCUGAAGCCACUUCAGAGCAGUCACAGCAGAACAGUACACAAGACUCUGGACAACAGGAAAGUGAAGUAUCAGCAGAAAAUAUCUUAACUGUAGCCAAGGAUCCAAGAUAUGCCAGAUAUCUCAAAAUGGUUCAAGUGGGUGUUCCAGUGAUGGCAAUAAGAAACAAAAUGAUAUCAGAAGGACUAGACCCAGAUCUUCUUGAAAGGCCAGAUGCUCCAGUGCCUGAUGGUGAAAUUGAAAAAACUACAGAAGAAAGUUCAGACAGCGAAUCUUCUUUUAGUGACUAAAUUUAAUUUUGGUAAGAAUUAUGUAUACAUGUGUAAGGGAACAUUUACAUUCUAUAAGAGAGCAAGCCUGAAUUCUCUUAAACACAACAUCAAGUGGCCACAUAUCCACCACCAAGCUUCCUCUGUUAAAAAAAUAAAAACGUUUAUAACCUA